UCCCAGGAGGCGAUGGCUGAGAACUCGAACUCAAACUGAAACUUCACAUGUUUAAAUUCCAAGUUGCAAGUGCCAACUGCCAAGGUGUCAAGUGAGGAGUGCCGAUAUCCAAUUUCCGUGAGAUGUUCCAAGGCCUGCGGAGGAUGACCUGCCUGGGCGGCGACAGGGAGAGCAGUCACGAGGACAUGCUGCACAGGGAGCCGGUGGUGCUGAACGUGUACGACCUGGUCACCACCAACGACUACACGAUUGCGCUGGGCGUGGGCUUCUUCCACUCGGGCGUCCAGCUGUACGGGCGGGAGUACGGAUUUGGUGGGCACGAGUUCCCCAUUUCGGGCAUCUUCGAGAUCGAGCCCUGCAAUGCCCAGGAGGAGCUGGGCGAGCACUUCCGCUACCGGGAGAGCAUUCUGCUGGGCUACACGCACUUCAGCUGCGCGGACGUGAGCCGCAUCGUCGACCAGCUGGGCCAGAAGUUCCCCGGGAACAGCUACCACCUGACCAGCAAGAACUGCAACCACUUCUCCAACUGCCUGGCGCACCUCGUCUGUGGCCACAAGAUUCCCGGCUGGGUCAACCGACUGGCCUACCUCAUCACCUGCGUGCCGUUCCUCGAGCGCUGUGUGGUCACCAGACCGCCGCAUUACCCUCACUACCGUCGAUUCCACGAGUCCCAGCAGCGCUAGCAACAACACGAAUGUGAAUUAUAUUUAUAUUAUAUUUAUUGUUAACAACUCA